GAACCUUUAAAAAACCGAUAGAUCAACAUCUGACGGUCAAGAAUCAAUAACGAGAACCUUCUCGAAACAAACCUCAGCUUCUUAUAAAAAAACCCUCGUUUCUCUUCUCUUACCCUCAAAUCACAUUAUACACACUUCUGCGAAAAAUUAACAUACAUUCACUUCGAAAUUCUCUGUAAUUUUCUCCAUUUUUGUUUCUCAACAGUUUUCUCUUUGUUUAAGUUUCAUCGAAGGCAAAAAUGUCUGGAAAAGGUGAAGGUCCAGCGAUCGGAAUCGAUCUUGGGACGACAUACUCGUGUGUUGGAGUAUGGCAGCAUGAUCGAGUUGAGAUUAUUGCAAAUGAUCAAGGAAAUAGAACGACGCCGUCUUAUGUCGCUUUUACUGAUACUGAACGUUUGAUUGGUGAUGCUGCUAAGAAUCAGGUCGCCAUGAAUCCUACCAACACUGUUUUUGAUGCCAAGCGUUUGAUCGGUAGGAGAUUUAGCGACCCGUCCGUGCAAAGUGACAUGAAACUAUGGCCUUUCAAGGUGAUUCCUGGCCCAGCUGACAAGCCCAUGAUUGUAGUCAACCACAAGGGUGAAGAAAAGCAGUUCUCUGCUGAAGAGGUCUCUUCAAUGGUUCUUACAAAAAUGAAGGAAAUCGCGGAAGCUUAUCUUGGCACAACCAUCAAGAACGCGGUGGUUACUGUCCCGGCUUACUUCAAUGACUCUCAACGUCAAGCUACCAAGGAUGCCGGUGUGAUUUCCGGACUCAAUGUUAUGCGUAUCAUCAACGAGCCUACAGCAGCUGCCAUUGCCUAUGGUCUAGACAAGAAGGCCACCAGCAGUGGGGAGAAGAAUGUGUUGAUUUUCGAUCUUGGUGGUGGUACUUUUGAUGUGUCUUUGCUGACUAUUGAGGAGGGUAUCUUCGAGGUUAAGGCGACUGCUGGUGACACUCACCUUGGUGGUGAGGACUUUGAUAACAGGAUGGUGAACCACUUUGUGCAAGAGUUCAAAAGAAAGCACAAGAAGGAUAUCAAUGGAAAUCCAAGGGCAUUGAGGAGGUUGAGAACUGCUUGUGAGAGGGCGAAGAGGACAUUGUCUUCUACUGCUCAGACCACCAUUGAGAUCGAUUCUCUUUAUGAAGGUGUUGAUUUCUACACCACUAUUACUCGAGCUCGUUUUGAGGAGUUGAACAUGGACUUGUUUAGGAAGUGUAUGGAGCCAGUUGAGAAGUGUUUGAGAGAUGCUAAGAUGGAUAAGAACAGUGUCCAUGAUGUUGUGCUUGUUGGUGGUUCAACUAGGAUUCCGAAAGUUCAGCAAUUGCUCCAGGAUUUCUUCAAUGGUAAGGAGCUUUGCAAGAGCAUCAACCCUGAUGAGGCUGUAGCUUAUGGUGCAGCUGUUCAGGCAGCAAUUUUGAGCGGUGAAGGCAAUGAGAAGGUGCAGGACUUACUCCUGCUUGAUGUUACUCCUCUCUCUCUUGGACUGGAGACGGCUGGGGGAGUUAUGACUGUGCUUAUCCCAAGAAACACCACCAUUCCCACAAAGAAGGAGCAGGUGUUUUCUACAUACUCGGAUAACCAACCGGGUGUGUUGAUUCAGGUCUUCGAGGGUGAAAGAACCAGAACUCGCGAUAACAAUCUACUUGGCAAGUUUGAGCUGACAGGCAUUCCUCCGGCACCAAGAGGUGUACCUCAGAUCAAUGUCUGCUUCGACAUUGAUGCUAAUGGUAUCCUCAAUGUCUCUGCUGAGGACAAGACCACAGGGCAGAAGAACAAGAUUACUAUUACAAACGACAAGGGAAGGCUGUCCAAGGAAGAGAUUGAGAGAAUGGUCCAGGAAGCAGAGAAAUACAAGUCGGAGGAUGAAGAGCACAAGAAGAAAGUGGAGUCGAAGAAUGCCCUUGAGAAUUAUGCUUACAAUAUGCGGAACACUAUCAAGGAUGAAAAGAUCAGUUCCAAAUUGUCGGAAGCUGACAAAAAGAAGAUCGAGGAAGCAAUUGAGCAAGCUGUUCAGUGGUUGGAUGGAAACCAGCUUGCCGAGGCAGAUGAGUUCGACGACAAGAUGAAGGAACUGGAGGGCAUUUGUAACCCUAUCAUAGCGAAAAUGUACCAAGGUGGUGCUGAUAUGGGUGGUCAGAUGGAUGAAGAUGGUCCUGCUCCUGGUGGUGCAAGUGGUGCUGGUCCUAAGAUUGAGGAGGUUGAUUAAAUGGAUGUUCUUAUGGUCUCUUAGUCUUUUAUUUAGUGUACUUUCAUGCUUGUAAUAAUAAGUAGAAUCUAGGAGUGUGGUUUGGGGAAUACUUUCUUUGUUUUUGGAUGUUAAUUGUAGGUUGGGCAGUAAACUAUGCUUUUCUGCCUGAGUUACUUUUUAUUUUGUUAACAAUUUCAAAAAUGAAAUCUUUUUAGUUCCCCUUAA